GCCGUGCGGUAGAACAGGGCACAGGGGAAAGGCCCAUUCACCCCCCUUCAGCUCUGCCCGCCCCCCGUGCCAACAGAUCUCCCACUAGGGGGCGCCCCAGGCAGCGCACCUGGCCAGGUGCGACCCCAGCUGACAGCCCCUCCCUGUCCCGCUCGGCGCCAGGCUCCCCCCCCCGAUGGACCGGAGGAAGCCGCGGCUGCUGCUGGCCGGACUCUGGGUCGCUGCCCUCCUGCUGCCGGGAGAGUGCCACCCGCCCCCCCGCCUGCCCGCCUGGGCGCCGGCCCCGCUGGAGGACGCGGAGCAGGAGCAGGGCUACUACCUGCAGCAGCUCUUCGGGCUGUACGGGGAGAACGGCACCUUGUCCUUCCACGGCCUCACCCGCCUGCUGCAGAGCCUGGGCCUAGGCCAGGUGCAGGUGGUGGAGAUGGAGCACGAGGCGCUGGGCCACGGGCACGUCAGCCACCUGGACAUCCUGGAGGUGCAGGACAACAAGCACCGGCACUCGCACUCGGCCCUGGAGCAUGCCGGGGCGGAGCCGCCCAGCCUGGGCCCCGAGGUGCAGAGACAGAACGGCACCUCCAGGCCGGGAUCCCCUGGAAGGAACCAGCCAGAGACCGUCCGGCUGCACCAGGCUGACCCGAUGCCCCCCCCCCCCCCCCCGGACACAGAAGGGCCCAGCGCCACCUGCCCCCCAGGGCACCUUGGGAGCAGAAGAGACCCUGUCCAGCCCCCCCCAACCCCACCCCGCCUGACCCUGCUGGAGCGGGUGCUGGCCCUGGACCACUCCGUUGCCGACCACCUGCAUGAGGAUUGUCUCAACGUGACGCAGCUGCUGGUGAACUUCGGGCUGAAUGCCGGCUCCCAGAUCACGCCCGAGCAGUUUACGCUGCUGUGCCCGGCCCUGCUCUACCAGAUCGACAGCCGGGUCUGCAUCCGGCACCACGACCAGCUGACACCAGAGCCCCUGGGGGGGGCACUGUGGCCAGUUCUAGGCUGGGGCUUCCUGGCCAUCACGCUCAUCAGCCUGCCCUCGGCGCUGGCCCUCCUGCUGGUGCCUUUCCUCGGCCGCGACUUCGGCCGCCUCCUGCUGGCCUUCCUGGUGGCGCUGGCCGUGGGGACGCUGUGCGGGGACGCCCUCCUUCACCUGUGGCCGCACGCCCAAGGGAGGCACCAGGAGACCCCGCGGGAGCAGCAGGACUCGGUGCUGAAGGGACUGUCGGUCCUGGGGGGCAUUUACGUCUUGUUCCUCAUCGAACACCUCCUGGGCACGCUGAAGCAGAGACGGAGCCGACUGAGCCGCGCCGCGGGAAGGAGCCCAGCUCUGGAUGCAGACGGAAACCGCAGCUUGACCCUGCGGGCAUCGGCGCCUUCCCCAGGCGCAGAAGCCGAAUCGCAGCGUCUGACGGCCCCGGGGCCGCGCAGCGACAGCCCCGGCCGGGGAGAGGAGGGGACGAGGCAGCCAGCGCCGAGCGCGGACGGACAGACGGAGGAGCUGAGCCACCAUGGACACUCGCACGGCCCGGCGGCCGGCAGCGCCGACAUCGUCUGGAUGGUCAUCCUGGGGGACGGGAUACACAACCUGACGGAUGGGCUGGCCAUCGGGGCUGCGUUUUCCGAGGGCAUCUCCAGCGGCUUGAGUACCACGGUCGCCGUCUUCUGCCAUGAACUGCCCCACGAGCUCGGCGACCUGGCCAUGUUGCUGCAGGCGGGCCUGCCCGUCAAGAGAGUGCUUCUCUCCAACCUCGUGUCGGCCUUCCUGGCGUACCUGGGCAUGGCGGUGGGCACGGUGGUCAGCCAGGGCGCCUCGCCAAUCACCCCCUGGAUCUUCUCCAUCACAGCGGGCAUCUUUCUCUAUGUGGCGCUGGUGGACAUGCUGCCCGAGAUGCUGUGGCGAAGCUCCGGCGGGAACAGGAAGGGGCCCGUGACGUAUUUCGCCCUCCAGAACCUGGGCUUUCUCCUGGGGGCGGCCAUCAUGCUGUGCAUCGCCCUCUUCGAAGGGCAGAUGAGCUUCCGUGUGGAUCUGUAACACGGGGGUGGCCACACGGCUCGCCGAACUCGGACGGGACGGGGCCGAGGUUCCGGGCACCCCCUGCCCCAUAGCUGCUUCGCAGAGAACUAGGACCCCGGACUCUCUUCCUGCUGACGGCUGGUGCGUGACACCCAGGGCAGCCCCCGCACUCUGUUUGCUCCACAUCCCCCGGGGGCAAGCGUGGGUUGUGACUUGGGGGGGCCCGGAGCUGACUGGUGCGGAAGAGGGGCAGCGUUUUGCUGUUCAGUUCAGGGAGGAGAGCGUGUGGCCAGCACAAUCCCCUACCCCACUUUCCGUGAGGACACUGCCGUUCAGUCUCAGCGUCUGUGCACGAGGCCAGGCUGGGCCCCGAGCGAGUCUCGGCGUUUUGGAGAGGGAAACGCAGCCGAUCCGUGGGCGAUUUUGGGGCGGGGUGCAGGAGACGUCGCUAAAGGGGGCAGCGCCAGAGUCCGAUGGGAGCCAACAGCCCCACGCAGAGGGUGCGUUCAUCGCCGGGAGGAGACGUUCAUCUGGGGAGCGGACACGGGAACUCUUACCUUCACCACCGUCCGGAGACGAGCGGCAGCGCUCCUUCCGCUCCACCGCCCGGGAUAGAGCCUCCGAACUCCGCUGGGCAGCUAACCGUUUAACCGAACGGAACGAAAAGAAUCCACACUCCCCCCGCGCCUGCCCACUGAAGCUAUGGUUCUGCAGGGUGCUGCGACUUACCAGACCAGUUUCCCCACCUAGCCUCUGCCAACAGCUUCUGUAAGGACCAAAUCCAGUUUAAUUGCACUGGGGGGGUCAGGAAACCAGAAUUCCGUUCCCAGCUCUGCCACUGACUUUCCUGAGUGAACCUGGACAACUCGCCCCGCCCUGUGCCUCAGUUUCCCCAUCUGUAAAACAGACAUGGUGAUUCUGCCCUGCUUUGAGAUCUGAUCUACGGCUGAAAAGCGCUGCAGGAGAGCCCCCCUCUCCCCCCCGGGCCCGAUCCCGCCGGCGCUAACCCCCAGGGCUGGGCGGUGGGAAAGGAGGACGGGCGAGGAAGUAGAAGCAAUAGCAUUUUAAUAAACAUAAUUGAUUCAAAGCCACAAUAUGAAGAACAGGACUUGGUUGCAGCAUACAUUGUAUAAAAUAGAUCAAGUCUGAAUACUUUUAUUUUGAGUUCCUCCCACCCCCCCGGUGCCCCCCCAACUGAUGCAGGAUUUCUCAAAAUACACACAUGGAACAUCUCCGACAAAAAGGGAACGU